CGACUUCCAUCCUGCCCAUGAUCGUCCGGCGCCGGUAAAAUGCCAUCCGUUCUGUUGAGCUCGGGCCCUGUCCUAGCGCUGUCCAUCUCUCAUCUGGCACAGCUUCAGUGGUGCACACUAAGGUCUGCUCCCCAGACGCCCGCCAGCGUAGCUGUUCUCGGCGCGACAAAUGCCCACGAAUGGACUAGUCCGGAGCUGUUUAGCUUCCUGAAUGCAGCCUACAGUACACCGAGCCUCCAUGCCCCGGAGUUACAUAGCUCCGCGUCAUAGCUAACGACUUACAUAGCCAG